AUGCCUUUCACCUCGAAAUGCCCCUGCAACAACUGCAUCGCAUCCUCAUCGGACCGCAAGAUGUGCCUCAAUCACAUGAUUGCCACCGACAUGGCCUCGUGCAAGUAUCUGGACCAGCGUGCUGACCCGACAACCAUAGACAUUCGCAGCAACUUCAUCCUGCUAGAGCGUGCCGUGGCCCAGUUUGACACACGCUUCACUCUUCGUGCCCUGCGCUCAAUAUCGUCCCUGCGCAAGAGGCUCACCGACCGCGUACUAUGCUCCGUCAUCAUCCUGACAUACUCGCCCAACAACGCCACAGCCCGCACCUUCAUCGAGUACAUUGGCAUGGAUGGCGAGGCGAUCCAGAGCGUUGUCUCGCAGUACAAAGAGGAGGUCCAACUUAACAAGAACAACGCCAAGGAGCCCCUGCCCGAGAUCGAUGUUUACAUAGCCAUCCUGAUUCAGGUCUUUCUGUUCGAUACCAAGGAAUAUGAAGAGGGCGCCGAAUUCUCAGAAAAGCUGGUGGACAAGAUCCGAGAACUGAAUAGGCGGACGUUGGACUCGCUCGCGGCCAAGGCCUACUUCUACUACGCCCUUUUCCACGAGGAAAUGGACCCGAAGCCUCCAUCCAAGCAGUCUCCUGUCAUCAGCCUUCGCGGCAAGCUACUCGCAGCUCUGCGAAGUGCUGUUCUGCGCAAAGAUACUGAUACCCAAGCGUCCGUUACGACACUGCUCCUUCGAAACUACAUCUCCACUGCCGACAUCACACAAGCCGAUCUCCUGGUCGCCCAGACACAAUUCCCCUCCAAUGCCCCCAACAACCAGGUUGCCAGGUAUCUGUUCUAUCUGGGUCGCAUAAGGGCUAUUCAGCUGUCCUACACCGAGGCACACGAGCACCUUGUUAGUGCUACGCGCAAAUCGCCCUCGGCACAUGUUGCGACAGGCUUUUACCAGGCCUCGAUGAAGCUGUUGAUUGUUGUCGAGCUCCUCAUGGGUGAUAUUCCCGAACGUGACGUCUUCAGCCAGCCGCGCCUCGAGCGCGCUCUCGAGCCAUACUUCCGCCUAGUUCAGGCAGUUCGUGUAGGUGAUUUGCAGGGGUUCCUCAAGGUUGUUCAGUCUUCGUCGGCCACUUUCCAGCGCGACGGCACGUACACGCUCAUCCUCCGUCUACGACAGAACGUCAUCAAGACAGGCAUCCGCAUGCUGUCGCUUUCUUACUCGCGCAUUUCUCUGCGCGACAUUUGCAUCCGCUUGGGUCUCGAGAGCGAGGAGUCGGCCGAGUAUAUUGUAGCCAAGGCUAUCCGUGACGGGGUAAUAGAGGCCUCGAUCGACCACGAAAAGGGCUUUAUGCAGACCAAGGUGGCUGGAGACAUCUACGCGACCCGCGAGCCUGGUGAGGCAUUCCACGAGCGCAUUCGUGCUUGCUUAACCCUCCACGACGAGUGCGUCAAGGCGAUGCGAUACCCGAUGAACCAGCACCGUUUGGAGUUGAAGAACGCGCAGGAUGCUCGUGAGCGGGAGCGGGAGCUGGCCAAGGAGAUCCAGGAGGGUGAUAUCGAUGAUGACGAUGCGGGCGGAGAGUUUGAUGGUCUGUAG